GUAACGUCAAUUCAGAGAAGCAAAAGUUGGAGAGACAAACUCCACGGGAAAGAAGAGUCGUUGAUCUUGGAACUGUUUUCUAGUUCCAUUUCGGCGGUGAUGCUCUUUGUUUGUUCAUGAAAACUAGUUUAUAAUUCAACGAGUUUUAUGAUCUUGAGUUAGGACAUAGUUUUGUCACAGAACAAGUGUCAUAAAAGGCGUCAAAAUGAGCGCUAGUCGACGGGUAAGUCCGUCUCCGAGACCCUCACCGCGACCUGGCUCCAGCGGAGGACUCUCGAUCAAAGACGAGCUGGAGAUGGAUAAAAUCGAGGACGAAAUGCGACGACCGAGCAGCGCUAAUUCUCGACAUGCCUGGAACGACAACGACGGUUUCGACAUGGGAACAGAGGAGAGAGAGGUCCAUAGUAGCUUUGCUCAAAGAGAAUAUGACGAUGACGAAGAUGAGGAUGAUGACAGCGAAGACAGUGACGGGGAUCAUGCCCCGACAGCCAUGGAAAAUGAGGUUUAUGUUGGAGGUCAAAUCAGGGCGAUUGAUCCGAAAAUUGCCAAGGCAAAAGCGGAAGAACAGAGAGCAAGUUGUUGGGUGAAAAUUGGGCGCGGAAUAAGAUCCCUGUGGAGAACAAGACAGACCGAAGAUACAUCAUUGGACAAGGAGCUCCAUGUGAAGACAACCCUGAGAGAAUUGGCCAUCUAUCUGGUGUUCCUUGUUGUCAUCUGCAUUGUGACCUUUGGCAUGACGAGCUCCCACAUGUACUACUACACCAAGGUGAUGUCAGAACUCUUCUUGGACACCCAGUUCCCUGACACCAAGAACACCUUCCGUGGAAUGACCACCAUGCAUGACUUCUGGAGGUUUGCUGAGACUCCAUUGAUGGACGGUCUCUACUGGGAGAAAUGGUAUAACAACGAGAACGUGACUGACGAUGAACUAGGCUAUAUCUUCUACGAGAACAAGCUGCUGGGUGUGCCUCGUAUCCGGCAGCUCAAGGUUACAAACGACUCAUGCCAGGUCCACACUGACUUUGAAGAUAACAUCAACACCUGUUAUGCUGGAUACUCUGAGAGUCUGGAGGACACAGCAACGUUCGGUCUGAACAAUGGAACAGCAUGGGUGUAUAGCACAGAGGAAGACCUGGAUGGUUCUGGCCAUACAGGGAUGAUCACUUCCUAUGGAGGUGGUGGUUUCUAUGCUGACCUGAUGAAGACCAAGGCGGAGUCUCUGGAUAUCAUCCUCACCUUGAAGGAGAAUCUUUGGCUUGAUCGCGGCACCAGAGCUCUCUUUGUGGACUUCACAGUCUACAAUGCCAACAUCAAUUACUUCUGUAUCAUACGAUUGACCGUGGAAUAUCCCCCUACCGGUGGCGCCAUCCCGUCCUACAAGUUCCGUACUGUGAAGCUGUUGCGUUACGUGACAGCGUUUGACUACUUCAUCCUGGCUUGUGAAGGCAUCUUCUGUCUCUAUAUCAUGUAUUACAUGGUGGAAGAGAUCCUGGAGAUAAAGCGGCAUCGUUGGGCUUACUUCAAGAGCAGCUGGAACUGUCUCGAUGUCAUCAUCAUCAUGAUCUCGGUUGUUUGUGUAGCGUUCAGUGUUUAUCGCUACCUGACUGUAGCCAAUCUGAUCGAAGGGUUGCUCGCCGAGCCUGAUAUCUAUCCUGACUUUGAGUACAUGGGAUACUGGCAGGAUCUCUUCAAUAAUAUCAUAGCUGUCAAUGUCUUCUUGGCUUGGAUUAAGACAUUCAAGUACAUCAGCUUCAACAAGACGAUGACCCAGCUUUCCUCCACCCUCUCACGUUGUGCUAAGGAUGUAGGAGGUUUCACGGUCAUGUUUGCUAUCAUCUUCAUGGCUUACGCACAGCUCGGUUAUCUGGUCUUCGGUACACAGAUCAAAGAUUUCAGCAGCAUCGGAUCUUGCAUCUAUACUCUGUUCCGUAUCGUCCUGGGAGACUUCAACUUCCAUGAGUUGGAGGCGGCCAAUCGAUUCAUGGGCCCCAUCUUCUUCUUGACGUACGUGUUUGUGGUCUUCUUUGUUCUGCUGAACAUGUUCUUGGCCAUCAUCAACGACACCUACAGCGAAGUCAAGUCCGACAUCGCCCUGCAGAAGUCUGAGUUUGAGAUCACAGACUACUUCAAGAAGGGUUACGAGAAGAUGGUCGGCAAGAUCAACUUCAAGCGUGAUAAGAUCGCUGAUAUCCAGGAGGCUUUGGCUCAUGCUGACGCUAACGCUGAUCAGCAUCUGGACUUUGAUGAAUGGCGUCAGGAACUCAAAUGCCGUGGUCAUGCCGAUGCUGAUAUUGAGGCUGUGUUUGCUAAGUACGAUGUCGACGGUGAUCGUGUUCUCGAUGCGGAGGAACAGAUGAAGAUGGCCCAUGAUCUGGAAGGACAGAAGUCUGAUCUGAACAACCAGCUUGCUGAGUUGGAAGAUGCCAAGGGCAAACAUCGUCCUACUACUGCCCGCAGCCGUGUGAGCAUCAACGAUGAGGACGAUGAUGAUGACGAUGAGGAGGGUGGUGGCCGCCGUCGUGGAGGUGGUGGCGGUGGUGGUGUCGCCUAUGAGGAAUUUGUUGUUCUGUCCCGUCGUGUGGAUCGUAUGGAGCAUUCCAUUGGAAGCAUCGUAUCCAAGAUUGAUGCUGUUCUCGUCAAGCUGGAAGCCAUGGAACGUGCCAAGCUGAAGAGACGUGAGACCAUGGGCAAACUACUGGAUUCCAUCACAGAGGAACGUGAGAUCAAGAUGGCCUAUAAGGAAGGGACCGGAGGACUGCCUCGAUCUACUUCAUCUGCAUCUCAGUAUAGUGAGAUGGAUGAGGAGGAUGAGGAUGAGCAAGGCAACGUGGACAAGCGUGAGAAGAUGGAGAAGCUAGUCCGUGAGGAGCUGGAACGCUGGGACUCUGAAGCCUCUCUGUCUCAGGCUAGUCGUAGGGCUGGUAGCUCCGCUAGUAACCGUCCAGGCAGUAACCAGAGAUCUCGCCCAGAUAGCUCUGCCUCUCGUCAAGUUGGACUGGAUCACAACAUCAGUACAAGCAACGUCUAAUUCCUCAACCAUCCUACUGUAGAUCCUUCCUCCACCAAACAGCGAGAGAGGGCAGCAACACAUCGAGGUGAAACAAAUUAUAAAACAGACAAAAAUAUAUCAGGAUUCAGGAACAAGUGAGAUCAACAGGAGAGGAAGGAUAGAAAGUAAUUAAAGACUAAUCCUGCAAUGUUAACAAUACACAGUUGUUCAACAAAAAUUCAAAUUAGUUCACAAAUUUGCAAGCUCAAUUUAUUAUUUAUUUCAUGGCACAGUUCUUUAUGAAAAAAUCUACAGCAGAUAUUUGAAUCGUUUCAUAAACAAAAGCUGACAAGUAAUUUUCCCAUUUUACUUUUUUUGAAAUUUUGACAAUCACGAUAGUCUGCAGACUCGAAUCGAUGAAAUUGAUUGAGAAAAACAUCAGAUGUGUUCUUGAUGCAAUAGUUUGGUCAAAAUAUUGCACAAAGUUCAUAUACUGUAACAGCGUCUGAUUGUGUUGGUAUGGAAUGCGAUGAAAUUGUUCCUUAAAUGAAAAGGCUUUAUUGUCGGAAAGAGAGAAUAUAUUGAUUGAACAUGUACAUAGUUACAACAUGUAUAAACUUGGAAUUGUGAAUAAAGUACUUGUGCUAGGUUAAGAGGU